AUGCCAGACCCCGAAAUCGCCCAGUUCACGGGCGUCUUCCGCACCAGGGACGCCCACCGCAUCACGCGAAACCGCAAGCCCGUCUCGUGCACCGCUUGCCAGCGCCGCAAGUCGAGGUGCGACCGUGCAAGGCCCUCGUGCGGCGCCUGCCGGAGGCGCGAUGAGACGGCGGGAUGCGUCUACGGCGAGGCGCCUGAUAGUAGCAGGCGCGAGAUGCAGUCCAAGGUCGCAAAGCUCGAGGAGAUUGUCAAGCGCCUCGCCGCGGCCUCUGGUGGACAGAAGAGGGUGGAGAGUUGUCCGAGGGAUGGAUCGGACGCUGCGUAUCAUGGGGAGACAUCGUGGGAGGCUGUGUUUCAAAGCAUCCAUGAUAUCCAAAGCGUUCUCAACACUGAAGAGGAGGAGGAACAGCCAGAGGAACCCGAGAACUUGCCUGCCUUGGAUAUCGUCCUUGGAGGCGUCACUCCCGUCACAAUCGACGAGCUUCGAUCCAGCAUGCCCUCUCGCCAAGACGCAGACGUCCUCGUACGUACCUACUUCGACGCAAAGUUCCUCGUCGUGCCCUUUACCCACGAGCGACACUUCUGGCGGCGUUACGAGCUCUUCUGGUCGAGGCCCCACGAGUCCAACCUCCUCUGGCUCAGCAUCAUGUUCUCUGUCCUCAGCCUGGGCGCCAUGAUCGCCAAAGUCAAGAGCCCCUUGCUGGAAACGGUUGCGGAGCCGAGCUUCUAUAUGCACCGCUCGGCGCAGUGCCUCAUCACGGGGGAGUACCUCAACGCGAGGCCGUACUCGGUCGAGGCGCUCAUGAUGUUUGCACACUCUCGCAACGUCCAAAAGGUAGACUCGGACGCCACGAUAUGGUCGCUCUACGGCUUGGCUGUCCGUCUAGCUCAGCGCAGGGGGUAUCACCUGGACGCGGCCAGGGUCUCUCCAAACAUCACGCCCUUUGAGGCUGAGAUGCGUCGUCGGACUUGGUUCAUGGUCCAGACGUCUGACCUGCUCUUUUCCUUUCAGCUCGGCAUGCCGCCCAUGAUAUACCAGGAAGUCUGUGACGCUGAUCAUCCGCGUAACUUGACCGAUGACGACUUUGACGAAGAUACGGAUGUGCCACCUUCAAGACCACCAAUCUAUCCCACGCCCCUACUGGCUUGGCGUAUCAAGUCUCAUCUGUGCCGUCUGAUCCGCCGUGUCCUCAUACACACUCUCGCGGUAGAACCGCGACCAUACGAAGAAACAAUGGGACUCCAGGCGGAGCUGGAGGCCUUCUACGACGGCAUCCCCCCCUGCUACAACAUUCGGCCCAUCAACAGCACCUCCCCCGAGGAUCAGGGCCACACCAUCAUGCACCGCCUGAUCCUCGAGCUCUCGUACCGCAAGACUCUCUGCGUGCUGCACCGGCCCUACCUCAGCGUUGCCAAGGAUGAGCCCCGAUACAGACUGUCCCGCGACAUCUGCCGCGCCGCCGCCCAGCGGAUACUGGACCUCCAUCUUGAGUUUGAUGAGGCCAUCCGUGAGGGCGGGCGAAUGUACCAUGACCGCUUUAUGGUCUCGAGCCUGACUCUGCAUGACUUUCUCGUUGCCGCCAUGAUCUUGUGCCUUGAUCUCUGCGAGUCAACCGAUACAAGUCCAUAUGAUCGCCAGCACCGUAUCCAACUCCUCCAGAGAGCACACGCAAUCUGGAACGAGCGCGGUGCCAAGUCCAAAGACGCCCGGCAUGCCGCAAAAGUCCUCCACGCCAUCCUCAUCCGCGUCGAGGCCCCGGCCGCCACCACCAUUUCUGAACCCGGGACUCUUGAGACGGCCAGCACCGAGUAUGCCUACAUCGAUGGCGGUACCUCUGGAGCUAUGCCUGAUCUUUCCGGGAUCUCGAUUGCCGAGUAUUCUAUCGAUUAUCAAGAGUUCCUUCCAAUGGAAAACUACUUCGGUUCUGCCGAGGGUUUUGACUGGAUAUCAAUUGACCACUAUCUCCGAUCUGGGAACGUGAAUGAACCCCAAUAG